AUGGAACCGCUGGUCAAGACGAUCGACGAGUGCCGAUCCUUCUUCAUGCACCUAGUCCCAAAUCUUACCACCUGGAUUGCAGCGAUGGUCCGAAAUGUACGAGUUCUUGGUCUUCAUGACCAUGACGCACCUGUCUGCGUCCCAGACCACGUUCUCGCGCUCGAACUCCCCACGUUCAUGUCGACGUACACGCUUGCCUCCGCUCUCCAAUCCUCGAAUACGCGGGAUGUACGCCCCUUCAAAGGUGCGUUGUGCGGCGCAGAUCUCGACGAUGGGCGACCACGAUUUCGAACAUCGAAACCAUCCACAUCGCCCAAACGCACCGUUACCCAAGAGUCAACCUCCAGUCACGACCGCAAUCAUAAUGAGAGAAACAAGACUCGUGGACCACGAAAGCUGUACGUCCGAUCAGUCGCAUAUCGGAAGUACGGGAAAUACGUCGAUCUGUGGGAGAUAUAUCCCUCCAGACGGGUCAUGGCUGUUAGGCACCCUCAAGCUACAUCGGUCCAUGCCGUAUCGUCAUUUGCGGCCAAAUUCGGCGGUACCGCGACGAGUGCCUCGACCGUCAUGAGGGGUGGUCUCCUUGCCGGUACCACUGAAUCUCCUGGCAAAUCUCACAUCAACCGCGCAGGUGAGCUGGUCAAAGCGGAUGGGGGCAUGGGCAGCAUCGAUGACAUGGAAGACAAGAAGGCCGGCGGUGGAGGCAAGAACUCCAAAGCCAGCAAUGCUUGA